AUGUCUGAAUCGCUUUGCUUGAUUCUGUUCCUAUGCCUUGCUCUACUGCUGAGCUUUUCCGUCACUUUACUAACGACUUUCAACAUCACCCACGUAUUACCCUGGUCUGUUAUCUGCAAGUGGUAUUGA